GGCUCGCCUCCGCGCGCCGCCGCCAUGGUGCAGCUGGGGAGCCGCCUCCUGAGGAGCGGCCGCGGCGGCCACGUCGUCAUCCGCUUCGCGCUCGGGGGCUGCACCAACCGGCCGUUCUUCCGCAUCGUGGCGGCCAACAGCAGGCGCGCCCGCGACGGGAAGUACCUGGAGCAGCUCGGCUGCCUUGACCCGCUGCCCAACGCGCACGGCGAGAAGGUGGCGGGGCUCAACCUGGAGCGGCUGCGGUACUGGCUGGGCUGCGGCGCGCAGCUGUCCCGGCCCGCCGAGAAGCUCCUGGGGCUGGCGGGGUUCCUGCCGCUCCACCCCAUGACGGUGACCGGCGCCGAGAGGCUGCGCCGGCGACGACAGCGCGAGCAGCAGCCCGAGGCUGCCCCUGCGGACGGCUCGGCCGAGCCCGGCACCGGCACCGCGCCCUGACACGGCCCGGGACUGCUCCGGGACUGCACCGGCCCGCCCGGGCCCGAGGAGGACUCCUGCCCUGUCAGGGCAUCUGACCCCAUUAAAACGUUACCUCUACGCCGUCCAUCUGCUGCUUUCUCAAAGUUCACUGUUGCCAAAUUGCUCCAUAAAAGAGGAUUUGCUGCACAGGACCAUUCCAGCCUAGGCGUGCCAUUGGCUCCAGGUGCUCUGCCUGCAGUAGUGGCAUGUCCUCUGCUGCCUGCCACUGCCCUGCUCCACUUGUCAAUGGUUUUGACUCCUGGCUGUGAUUUACUGUAGCAGCAGUCCAGUGGUUCAGGGGAGGCCUGGCACAGACAAAUGCAAAAGGAAGGGCAGCUGGUUUUCUGUUUACUUUCUCCAGAGAUGUUCUGGGACUAUUUGUUCAUUUAAAAGCAAAAAAAUAUUUCAGUCUCAUAUAAAGAGGGACUGGGGAGGUGAGCUAAGAGUCCUACUAUUUAAUCACAUAUUUGACCCUGAACCAAGAGACAAGACACCCACCAAAAUCUCUCUUCUACUUUAGAUGCACCCUAAGCUUUUUGGGUUUCCUUUGGUGCAACUCUUAGAUGAUUCUACAAAUACAAGGCAAAGCCAAGUUUCCAGUGUUACCUCUCAAUAAAGUUGGUAGUGUAACCAGCCCAACAGAGGAUGAGUUGACAAAACACUAAGAAAGGGGCCUGGCUUGCUCCCAAUACUGAGAAAGAGUGGUUUUAUUCUUGCUCCUGGAUGAAAGAUAAGGUGAUUAAAAAGCUGUUCUUGGAAGUGACUGAGGCUAUGAAAAGUGGUAUUGCUUUUCUAUUAUACCCCCCUCUUCUAUGCAUUUGAUAUGUUCAGCAUCACAUUUUUUAUAAAAUGGUAAGUGUGCUCUGGUGCACUGGUUUCUAGGAAAUUCCUCUCUAGCUUACUCCAGAUUUCCUUUCCUUGCUCCAAGGGGAAGGUUUGCAUCAGCAGUGUUUUUCUUACCAAAAUGCAAAGGUACCACACAACUUUUCCUUUCUGGGGCUUUCCCCUUUGAACACAAGGUCUGUCUGUAGUGUUUCUUUUAAGACAGUUCUGUGGAGUCCUGGCUUUUGGCCUGAUUUUAAAAAUGCAAACAAACAAA